UACGGGCAGAGACGUUCCUCUCCAGCAACGUCGAGAUCCAGUUUCCCUUAAGCCGCUCUCGCGCGUUUGUCUGUUCUCGUCGCGUUCGCGUCGUGUCCUACCGAUUAUUUUCUCCUUCCUCCCCCCUCCCCCGUCCGCGCACGAGAUCGUCGACACGGUAGAGAGCCGCGCGGUAUACACACGUACGUGUCGUUGUUGCACCGAGUGUCCUCUGCUUGAAAAAAAGUAAUUGCCCGGUGUCGAGGCCCAGGAUGGCAUUCAACGGAGACGGACCACACUCUAAGAGGCAGCGACUCGAGGAAUCCGGUCACAGGAAUCACGAGUAUGGCGGGUACGGAGACGAGCCACGACGUAAAAGAGAAGACAAUAACAAACCAAAUCACGUUCUCCUCUUCACAAUUAUCAAUCCAGUCUACCCCAUCACUGUGGAAGUGUUACACACGAUCAGUGCACCCAGCGGGCAGGUUCAGCGCAUCGUCAUCUUCAAGAAAAAUGGCGUUCAAGCGAUGGUGGAGUUUGACUCGGUGGAAUCAGCAACCAGGGCGAAGGAAACACUUCACGGGGCAGAUAUAUAUUCUGGUUGCUGCACAUUGAAGAUCGACUUCGCGAAGCCUACAAAACUGAACGUUUACAAAAAUGACGCAGAGAGCUGGGACUACACGACGCCAACGUUGGGAUCAAGUGCACACAAAAACGACGCAACCGGAAAUGGAAGACCGGCACCCCUGUUGGCAGAACCGAGAUACGGCGCCGCACCCCAACCGUACGGAUCCACGCCACAGGUAACUUUUCCCCCGGGUGCUGGCCACGAUCGUUACGAGGAGAAUUUCAAUGGGCCAGCAACGUAUGCGGAGCCAUACGUCGAGCGUUAUGGUAUUAAGAGUGAUUUUAGCGGUCGAGAGCCUUUGCAUCCCACACCACCUCGGCCUAAUUACGUACCCACCUUGGGACAAACACCACCUUCCAGUACACAGGGCUCUGUGAUGAUGGUUUACGGGUUACAGCCGGACAAAGUCAACACCGAUAAACUGUUCAACUUGUUCUGCCUCUAUGGGAAUGUUACGAAGGUGAAGUUCUUGAAGACGAAAGAGGGAUGCGCGAUGAUACAGAUGGGAGACAGCAUAGCCGUAGAACGGUGUUUACAGAAUCUGAACAACGUGACGAUCGGAACAGACGGCAGGUUGCAGCUCGGUUUCUCGAAACAGGCUUUCCUCUCGGACGUCACCAACCCCUACAUUCUGCCCGAUAAGACAGCAAGCUUCAAGGAUUUCACGGGAAGCAAGAAUAACAGGUUCCUAAAUCCAGCAAUGGCCAAUAAGAAUAGAAUACAACCACCCUCGAAGAUCGUCCACUUUUUCAACACACCCCCAGAUUUAACCGAAGAAACCGUACACCGUGUGUUCGUCGAACGCGGUAUUGAAGCACCCACGACAGUGAAAUUGUUCCCUUUAAAAUCGGAACGAUCGUCGUCCGGCCUUAUCGAAUUCAGCAGCGUCGGUAUCGCGGUAGCCGCCAUCAUGGAAUGCAAUCACACAGCGCUGGAAAACAGCAAUGGCAAGUUCCCAUACAUAAUGAAGCUGUGUUUCUCUUCAUCCCGCACCAUACCCACGAGUUUCCCGCCCAGCAGCGGCAGCACGUCAAGCAAUUCCGCCGGUAAUGGCCACGUCAAAAUGCAGCAGGACUCGGAAUAGAACGGCGAGGUCCAGGGCCAGCAGCGUCAGCGUCAGCGCCAGCGUCCCUCUCUCGCCCUGCACCCGUUGUGUGCC